GAGCACGUUGAUCUCGGUCAUUUCGUCGGCGUCGAUCUCAGAGUGUGCGCGUGUAGUACAUCGUGGUUUCGACUUCGGUACUGCGACCACGCAGCAGCCCGAGUAGACAGUGUGCAACAGAUUAAAAUACUGCCUGUAACGCUAGUAUUUGAAGAUAAGUCACUUUUAAUUCGGAAAACAAUAAUAAUAUGGCGGACUACGUGAUUGACGACGCAAAUCAGGACGAGAAGUUCCCGAUUCGCGAGGACGGACUUGCAGCGGCUCAACUCUUCGCUGCCGGUGAUGGACUCACUUAUAAUGACUUCAUUAUCCUGCCCGGUUACAUUGAUUUCACUGCCGACGAGGUCGACCUUUCAUCGCCUCUUACAAAAAAAAUCACCCUCAAAGUACCCCUGGUUUCCUCCCCGAUGGAUACUGUCACCGAGUCUGACAUGGCUAUUGCCAUGGCGCUAUCCGGUGGGAUUGGAAUAAUUCACCAUAACUGCACUCCGGAGUAUCAGGCCAAUGAGGUCCACAAGGUGAAGAAAUACAAACAUGGUUUCAUCCGUGAUCCUGUCGUCUUGUCCCCUAAUCACACUGUUGUGGAUGUCUUGAAUGUCAAAGCAAAGCAUGGUUUCUGCGGAGUCCCCAUUACUGAGAAUGGUAGACUUGGUGGAAAACUUGUUGGUAUAGUCACUUCUAGAGACAUCGACUUCCUUGAAGAUAUUCCUAGUCAACAAAAUCAGAAGCUUGAAAAUGUCAUGACUAAGUUGAAUAAUCUUAUUACCGGCACCUCUGGCGUUACCUUACAAGAGGCUAAUUCCAUCUUGGAAAAGUCUAAGAAGGGAAAACUACCAAUAGUUAAUGAAAAUGGGGAGCUUGUUGCCCUGAUGGCAAGGACAGAUCUAAAGAAGAAUCGAAGUUAUCCUAAUGCAAGCAAAGAUGAAAAUAAACAACUCUUGGUUGGUGCUGCUAUUGGAACUCGAGAAGCAGAUAAACACAGACUACAAUUACUAGCUGCAUCUAAAGUUGACGUCAUUGUAUUAGAUUCGUCUCAAGGCAAUUCUAAAUACCAAAUUGACAUGAUCAAGUACAUAAAAUCAAAAUAUCCUGAGUUACAAGUCAUCGCUGGGAAUGUUGUUACUAGCAUGCAAGCUAGAAAUUUAAUAAAAGUUGGAGCAGAUGGACUACGAGUCGGUAUGGGAUCAGGAUCAAUCUGCAUAACUCAAGAAGUAACGGCGGUAGGCAGACCACAAGCAACAGCGGUAUACAAUGUUUCGGAGUAUGCCAGGAGAUUUGGAGUCCCUGUAAUAGCUGAUGGUGGCAUUCAAUCCAUUGGACACAUAAUAAAAGGAUUGAGUUUGGGUGCCAGCACAGUGAUGAUGGGCUCUCUGCUUGCUGGAACAUCCGAGGCUCCUGGAGAGUACUUUUUCAGCGACGGUGUGCGCCUGAAGAAGUACAGAGGUAUGGGAUCCUUAGACGCUAUGAAUCGAGAAGAUGCAAGAGGUUCUGCUAUGGAUAGAUACUUCCAUAAUGAAAUGGACAAGCUCAAAGUAGCUCAAGGGGUCAGCGGGUCAAUCGUGGACAAAGGAUCAGUUCUCAAAUUCCUCCCUUACUUGCAGUGUGGGAUUAAACAUGGUUGUCAGGAUAUUGGCGCCAAGUCAAUAUCAGUUUUGAGGUCAAUGAUGUACACCGGUGAACUCAAGUUUGAAAGAAGAACUCAGUCUGCACAGUUAGAGGGAAAUGUACAUGGCCUGUUCUCAUAUGAGAAAAGAUUAUAUUAAUUACCAAUAAAUUUGUAGAUUGUCAUCAACUGGAGAUUUCUAAUGAACUCUUUGCAUUGAAUAUUGAACUCAUCUUUACAUGGUAAAGACAGAAACAUUAAUUUCUUAUUCAUGUGAGAGCAAGAGGAAAACUGAUGGUAUUUUAUGUAAUUAUGUUGUAUUCCAAAAUUGAUGAGAAAUUAUUGAUAUUUCUGAUCAUUUCCCUUUAAGCAUAAAAUGUACUUACAAGUAUCUAGUAAACAACGUGAGUCUCGAAUGUUUUAUUGCAACUUGAGUGCAAAUUUUUGUGAUAUAUAUUCUGGUAUGAAAACUCUGGAACACAACUGCCAAAGAAGUCUUUUUCUUCUAGAUUUCUGUUAGCUUGCACAUGAUAAUUUCGUGCCCACAGGCUGCUCAAAAUUUUUACAUGACCAUUUGUUUUGGCCAACUAUUAACUGUGUACUUCACAGUCUCUACUAAGGCUUGAGGUACUUAAAUAAUACUAAUAAUAAUGACGGACUAGAAAUCUCUGGAUGACACUCAACUCAUCAGUGUCAACUUGGAUUUCAAGACAGUAGAAAAAUUACAUAGAAUCAUAAGAAAAUUCACACGAAUGGUUGCAUAUAUUAUA